AUGUACAGCUCUACAGCCGUCUACCUAGCACUAGCAGCAUCCACCCUCAUCUCAGCAUCGGCACAAUGGGCAUCAACAACCACCUUUACAUUCGACGGCCAAGCCCUUCCAACUGGCCUCAUCAUAUCGACAGACACAAUCGAAGAUCUCGCAGACGCCGACUCUACAGCUAAAUUCAACCACCAAUUCAACGCUUCCAACGUGCAAAUCAGCGACGGCUUUCUACAUCUCACCGUGCCAGGCGGUCAGACUGAGAGUCCAAUCCAGUGUGGAGAGGUGUCGACGGAGUUUGAGGUCAUGUACGCGAGUGUUUGUACGUACGCCAUCUUGACCGGUGAAGCUGGGAUUUGCAAUGGUCUGUGA